AUGAUCCGACAUACAAGACACGAAGACAACGAUGCUGGCAACAACAUAGGAAUUGGUGGCACUGGAAUUGGCGGCACUGGAAUUGGCGGCACUGGAAUUGGCGGCACUGGAAUUGGCGGUGCUGUACUUGGCGGUGGACCAGGCAUUGGUGUUGGAGGCGCUGGUACUGGUGGUGUCGGAGUUGGUGGAGUUGGUCUUGGUGGUGCCGGACUAGGUGGUGCUGGACAAGGCGUUGGGGUUGUCAGUGGACUUGGUGCUGGAGCUGCUGCCGCCGGAAGUAGCACUGGUGUAGCUAGCGGACAAGGCGCCGGAUUUACUGCUGGAGUUGGCGGUGGUCUUAACGGUAGAGUUGGCGCCCUGCCUGGCGGUGGACUUGGCAUUGGACUUGGCGGUGGACUUGGUGCUGGAACUGGUGCCGCCGGAGCUAGCACUAGUGCAGCUGGUGGACAAGGUGCCGGAGUUAGCGCCGGACUAGCGGACAAGGCGCCGGAGUUAGCGCCGGAGUUGGCGGUGGUCUUAACGGUGGAGUUGGCGCCGUGCCUGGCGGCGGACUUGGCGCUGGACUUGGCGGUGGACUUAGCGGUGGAAUUGUCGGCGCGGGUGGGGGCGGUCUUGGAGCUGGUGCCACUGGAGGAGGUGGUAUUAAAAUUGGUGGCGGUGGACUUAGUAUCGGUAUUGGAGGUAGUACUGGUUUACUCUUACGACCAGGCGGAAAUGGUACUUGGGGAUCCGGUAGAUUCCAAAGGUGCACGGUCAGCGAAGUAUCGUUGGCAAGAUCAUCCAAUUGCGGCGAGUGCAGUUGUGACAUCUACUUGAAGACGGGUCGACUCCGUGGGAAAGUCGAAGGUCGUCAGUGCCUUAAAUCGAGGGAGCGCAGGUGUUGGUGCAGGUUGCUUUAUUGCCGAAAUUACGACGGCACAUGUGUUCGAAGAGAUAAGUGCAGUAACCCGCCAGUGAAACAAUUUACUCCUCUGUGAUAUUUCAAUAAAGUGCCACUUUAGAAUAUUGUUCAC